CGGCCUUCAAGAUGUCGGUGGUGCGCGAGUUAACGGAGACUUCUCCAUCGCCUUCCGUACGCUCACUGGCGCAGCACCAUGGUGUGACGUCGUCCAUGAUCCGCAAGUGGCUCAGCAACCGGUCGGAGCUGGAAGCGGCAGUGGCGCUGGACACCACGGGCCGGAAACUCGGCAGUGGACGUCGCCCCAACGCUGCUAUCGACUCGGCGCUGCUGCAGUGGGUGAAUAGUCAACAACAGAGCGAUAAGAGUAUCACAGACCGGGAGAUGCAGGAACAGGCCAGGCGUAUCGCCGAGAGGCAGGGCGUCCAAGGCUUCCACGCAUCAAAUGGCUACAUCUACAGCUUCAAAAAGAGGAACAAACUGUCUGCGGGCACUCUGAACAAGAAACAGAAGGCGAAAUCAGUGGGAGUCUCUGUGCAAGUGAGUCCGGGGGCGGAGACUUUCGAGAGAGACUGCAUGUUCGGCAUGGACAUCGGUCUGAAGAACAUCAAGUGCGCCUUAGUGUGUGCCACGUCGGGGAACAUCUUGGCCACGUCCAGUGCGUCUAUUCAGCACGACGCCAAGUCGCAGGAGAGUGAACAAAACGUGACCAACAUUCUGCUAGCGGUGCUCACUGCGGUGCAAGCACUACCGACAUCCCUACGACGCAGUAUCCGCUCGAUUGGCAUCUGUGGAGUCAUGCAUGGGAUCGUGUGGUGGCGCUGCGAUGCUGUUCGGCAGGCAAUGAGCGAGAUCCAGACGGGGAAAGGCACGGCCAGGAGCUGGCCCUGGAGUACCUACAUCACGUUCUUAGACCAGCGCUGUACACCGACAAUGUUGACCGAGUGGAGAGCCAAGAUUGAACUGGCAAACGCUGCAGCCACAGCGACUCCGUUCGGUCUUGAACCUCUCGAUGUCAGUGCGUCGACGUCGCCCAUUGCGUCGGGAUAUGGCCUCGCUACAUUUGCAUACAUGCUGGAGAGACAACCGAACGACAUUGCAGGCUAUGACGCGUGUGGAACUAUUCAAGACUUUAUAGCGUUUGCAUUGUGUGGACACUCCAUCCCGACUCAAAACUGCAUGGACGUCACGGAUGCCUUCAGCUGGGGAGGCUUCGACAUCAACACGAAGACGUGGAAUCCUCACACCGUACAGGCACUCAAUCUUCCAGCACAAAUGCUACCGACAGUGAAGGCUCCAGGUGCGAUUAUUGGCCAGAGUUCGGAGGUUGCUGCAGUGCUCGGCCUACUUAAGGGGAAGCCCGUAUAUUUAGCGAUGGGUGAUCAUCCUUGCGCUGUCAUGACGGCCAUGGCACAGACGCGAGGACCUGCAGAUCUCAACCUCUCGCGGACGUCAGUCUUGAGCAUCGGUUCGGCAUCCCAGUUAGCUAUGGUGUUAACAGAGGAGGACGCGACGCAGCUGAAACGAUCGCGUGGAAGCUGCUCGCUGACCUUCGAGGUGAGGCCGUUCUUGUCCGAGAAUUGGUAUCUAGGCGUCGCUGGAUCGUUAUCCGGUGGCAACAUCUUUGCGUGGUUCGUGAAGCAGUGCCAGGCGUGGAGUCGUCAAUUGGCAGUGAAUCCAACAGUCGAGCAUCUAUCAGAUGAUGCAACGUACGCGCGCUUGAUUUCUCUGGGCGGCACCAAGCUUGACACCGAUCUCAAGUUCUCACCAACGUUGUACGGGGAAUGGGCAUCACCGGACGUGCGAGGUAGUAUUGACCAACUACGCAUCAGCAACUGGUCGCUCGGUGAUAUCAGCGCUUCUGUCUGUCGCGGUCUGGUCGACAACAUUUUCUCAAUGGUCCCCGACGACCUGCGCACCGACCUGCUCCAGCAACCGUACGUAGCCAUCCUCUUCUUGGGUUAA